AUCGAUAAAUCGUCAGAAAGAGUUAACUGUUUUUCGGUUCAAGAAUAGAACCUGAUUUUUAGAAACGAAUCUUUUUUUCUCUCUCUCAUCUUCACAACGAAGAAUAGAUUUAUCUUCAUCUUCAUUCUCGUAAUUUAUCAUCAUAUCCUUUUCUCUUUGUGUGUCUCUUUCUUUUCUUUCUCAUUCCAUCUUUUCACUCCUUUGAUUCUCUGGUUUUUUCUUCACCUCCCUGAGUCAUAUUUUUUAUUCUCUCUCUCUAUUUAUCUCUCUCUCUCUCUUUAUUUUUCUUUUAUUUUUUUCUUCAUCUCCUCUUAUUCAUCUCUAAUCUUAAUCUUUAUAUCAUCUCGUGUUGUGUAUUCUCUGUGUUGUGUUCUGGGGUUUUUUUCUCUCUUCCUGUGACUCACAUUGACUCUAUAACUCACCUGGAGAUUAUUUUUUCUCUUCUCUUAUAAAAGUGAUUCCAAUUACUCAUCAUUUCUACUCACCAGCAACAUGGACUAUUGUUGUUAAUUUUUUUCUACAUUUUCUCUUCUUCUUCUCUCCUUGUCAACAUAUUCCUCCUUUAUGUCUUACCCACUGUAUAUAACCAUCUUCCUCUCUUCCUUUCUUCCCCUGUCACUGGCGACAUUUAAAGCUGCUGAUGAACUGGUUCGAGAUGAUUUCUCUGAAGAUGCUCGCCCAAUUGCUGAAGUUGAAAGGCUUAAACGAUUAUAUCCUGAAAAUGAGCGUCUUAUUAGUAGUAUACCAAGUAGAUUCUAUGAAGUCAUUUAUCCAGUUCAACUUAGGAAACAUGAAAAAAUGGGCAUUUCCACUCGAGAUGCCUCUUCAAAUAGUACUGGUAAACAUGUUCACUCAACAAGCUUGCUCAUAAAAGCCUUUAAAUACAAGUUCCGCCUUGAAUUGGAGCUCAAUACACAUCUUUUAGCCCCAGGCUUAAUGCAGAAGCAUUUUUUACCUGAAGGUGCAAGGCAAGUAUCUACACAAGAGAUUGAACAUUGUUAUUAUCAUGGUACCAUACGAGAUUAUCCUGGUGCCCUUGCAGCCUUUCGUACCUGUAAUGGUCUCAGUGGUAUUAUCAAUCAUGGCAACGAAACUUUUGUUAUCCAUCCAUUUUACGGAGGUGAUCUGUCUAGAAAACAUCCCCACAUAAUAUAUCGAUUUUUUUCUGAGUCAACACACAAGCAUACCUGUGGUAAUAGCCACAUGCACGAAUGGAGUUUUAAACAGUAUCGUAAAGGUCCAUUUGGUGCUAGUAAGGGUAAACGAGAUAUAAGAACAAUUGAUAAAUAUAUCGAACUGGCACUUAUUCUUGACCAAGCCAUGUUCGAGAAUCGGAGUAAUGCGACUCGAGGGGAGGUUGUCAACGAUGCAAUUCAAAUAAUCAAUAGUGUUGACAUGUAUUUUCGCCUUAUUAAUACCCGAAUUUCAGUAAUUUAUAUUGAAACCUGGGCUCAUGGUAAUCAGAUUGUUGUAUCUGAAGAUGUUAGGAACACAUUGCUCAAUUUCAUGGAGUAUGGAACAAGAAAUUUGUAUAAAGUACCAAUGGAUGCGGCUCACCUUUUGGUUGGUAAAGCAUUUCAAAAUAAUGAAGUGGGUAUGGCAGUUCCAGAUAGUAUUUGUACAGCAAAAGCGGUAGCGGUCAGUCAAGAUGCAAGUAUUUAUGAACCUCAUUUGGUGGCGAUAACCGUUGCCCAUAUGAUUGGUCAUAACAUUGGAAUGGGUCACGAUGAGGAGGUCAAAGAGGAAGAAUGUAACUGCCCUGAUUGGUGGGGAUGUGUUAUGGGUCGUUAUAUACUUGGAGUGAACAAUAUUCAACCUUAUCAAUUUUCUAAAUGCUCAGUUUCAGUUUAUAAUAAUGCCCUCCAGGCAGGUAAUGGUAUUUGCCUACUUAACAAGCCUAAUCAACUUGAAGAUUUUCGUAAUUGUGGAAAUGAACGUAUCGAUGAAGGAGAAGAUUGUGAUUGUGGUACUUUCCAAAAAUGCCAAGAAACUGAUCCAUGUUGUGAUCCAAUUACCUGUAAGUUAAGGAUAGAAUCUGAAUGUUCAACUGGACCUUGUUGUGUUAAUUGUAAGCUUAAAGAGGAAGGACAUAUCUGUAGACAUGCCAAGGAUGAAUGUGACAUAGCGGAAGUCUGUGAUGGUAAACACGGAAGUUGUCCUGCUGAUAUUUAUCGUAAAAAUGGAGUUGAUUGUAAGAAUCAGAAAGGAUUUUGUUUCAAUGGUGAAUGUCCAACAGCCGAUAGCCAAUGUGUCGCAAUUUGGGGUGCCGGUGCUCGAGCAUCUGAACCAGUUUGUUAUGAACAAUUUAAUGCUCAAGGUACCAUGAAGGGUAAUUGUGGUGUUGAUGGUAAAGGAAUUCAUCUUAAAUGUAGCGAUGAGAAUAUAAUGUGCGGAUCACUUCAGUGCCAAUUCGGUAAACAAGUGCCAUUCAAAAAGGAAAUAAACAAAGAGUAUUCUCGAACAAUUAUCUCUAUCAGCGAUAUCGAAUACGAAUGUAAAGUUGCCCGGGGCUCAAGUCGUUCCGAUAUCUCCGACAUGGGGCUACUUCAAGAUGGAACCAAAUGUUCAGAUAAUAAGAUUUGUUUUAAUCAAAGUUGUGUUAGUAUCGACCAAUACAUCCAACCUGGUGAUUGUCCAUCCAAUAAUGUUGCCAUCCCAUGCUCAGGGAAUGGGAUUUGUUCCAAUCUCAAUACCUGUUUCUGUUCAUAUAGUUGGCUUGGUCCUGAUUGUUCACAACGAUCUUCUCGAGUUACAACAUCAUCAGCUGAUUUAAGCGGAUCACCAGGAUCAGUUACACCUAAUCCUAAUCAAGAAUUCAUGAAUAAUGUAAAAAUCGCCAUGGAUAAUACAACUAAAUUCACAGAGUAUGAGAGCAAUAAAAAAUCAUUAAGUGCUCGUAAUCUGGUAAUGAUAUUGAUCUCAAUUGUUGGCGGAGUUUUUGUCUUCUUUACUCUUCUAGCUCAAUGUUACAGACGUCAAAGUCUUUUGCCAAACAAGGCUGAAAUUGCUCGAAAGAAAAGCUUACAACGGAAACUACUUUCAUCCGGAAGUAAAGAUGAUGAUCAUAGUAUGAAUGGAUCAGGAGUUGGUGAGGUAACACCUCGAAUAACCUUUGGUUCAAUGCCAUCUUAUCGUGAAGAUAAGAUGGCGGAAAUGAAGAGACAUCAUUCAAAAGAGUCUAGAGUUAAAUCAUCAGCCAAUGUAAAUACAACGGAAACAACAUUAGAGCAAACGGAACGGGAAUUGUUGGAAACUCUUAAAGGAAAAGGUGGACAAUUUUUUGAACUUUCACCUAAUAAUUUGCCGAAAGUUUCUUCACAUGGUAGUGGGACAUCGGGUGGUGUUGGUGGACCUGAAAAGGGUAUAUUAAAACACGCGGGUGACGGAAGUGGACCUGCUGGUUCAGGUACACCGAUGUCCGGUCAUACCCGGCAUGGUAGUUCAUCUUCAACUGCUGCACUAACGGGAUUAUUGAUGGGCGUCGAUCAGAGUGGCCUGGAAAGUGAUAAUCAAGAUGAAGGUCAAUCAGAUGUUAGCCGAACCACGGACACUUUAAAUCAAGUUGAAAGAACGUUGAAAAGUCUUAAUGGUUAUCAUGAAGGAAUUCUGGAAGCCUUACAAUCAGUUGCCGUCUCUGGUCAUUUGCAAGGUUCGUUGUCUGCUCGACAAAGUCCAGGAGAAAUUAAGAAACAAUCGUUUAACAGUCAAUUAGUUGAUUAUGAAGGUUUGAUGAAAGGAGGAGAAACUCAGCUUCAAAGUGGAUCAGAAAAUGAAGACGGCGGAGUUAGUUCAAUGUCGACUUGUCCCAUUAGAAUUCGUAAUCUUGAAGAUUUAUUGAGACAAUUAGAGCAACAACAACACCACCAACAGCAACAGCAACAGCAGCAACAACAACAACUAUUACUACCUUCAGCCUCUGGUCAGCAAAAUAUUCACUCGUCAAUGCUUUCCGGACUUUCACCUACAGGAUCGGAAGAGAUUCGUAUGAGUGAACCAGAAGCCGAUCGCCAUCUUUAUUCAUCUAAUUCACUGGUGGGUUUAGGUGGUGGUGUUGUUACCAGUUUAAUUGCCAGUUCUUCUGGUCGACAUUCUCAAUCCUCAUAUCUACAUCCAACCUCCACAUCAUCCACUGCCUCCCAGCAGCAUAUUGUUGAUAAUCAGCUGAAUAGCGAUCACUCUAAUUUACACCAUUUCCUUGGAUUUAGACCAGGAAUCCCUCCACCUCCUCCGCCCGCAGCUCCAAGGGGUCACAUGAAUUUUACUUCAUCCGGAUUACCCACAAGUUUAUCUGGACUAUCUGGGUUAUCAAGUUUAGCAGGAUUAGCAGGUCUUCAAGUGUUAGGUGGUAAUCAGGGAACUGGAUCAUCGACAACAUCUACAUCCACUGUUUUAGGUGGUGGAGAGGCUGAAGAUGAAGAUGAAGAAUAUGAUAAUGGAAGUGCCCUUGAUACCGAUGCCGAAGCCAACGGAGAUCAAGAUCUCUAUUCGUCGCCUCAACAGCUUCUUCGAAGUGCAUCCGAGGAGGCGCUUCCAGUAAGCGUCCAGCCCUACUUUUUUACUACAGCAUCUCCAACAGCUACAUGCUUCUUUGCCGACCCAAAUUCAGCAGCAAUUAUUGUUGCCUCAAAUUCAACAAUUCUUCCAACAGCAACAACAACAUCACCCAAGUCAUCAUUCACUUCACCAUCAUUCCCAUCAAUCGUCUCAUCAACUUCAACACCAGCAUUCCCUUCCGGAGACAUCAGCGGCAGCAGCUCGAUUAGCAACUCAACAACAACAAUUAAACCGAAGUUACAAUACAAUUCCUCGUCGUCCCAACACCGGCCAAGGGACAGGCCAUCGUUCGUCUCAACAGAGGUCAGGGCAUGUUCGGCAUCUAGACCUUUAACUUUAACCCUUUUACCGCCUCCUUGUGGUGUUACGGUUUCGUCGAGAGUUUCAAGGUCAAGAUCGAGGAAAAAAUAUCCCGAAUACAAAGCAUAAAAGUCAAGCAAAUAAUUCACUUAAUCACAAUUAACAUUGUUCACAAUUAAGCCAACGAAAGAACAAAUCAAAAGACUCAAAGAAUUAAAAACAAAGCCAAUAAAUGAGACGGACAAUUAAUCAAUAAUCUCAUCAGGAGUUAAUUUCAUGCCAAUAAAAUGAUUUACAAUGUAAAACUUGGAGAGACUAAAUUAUCCCUAAUAAUCAAUAAUUUGGACUCAUCGAUUUUACUUCAAUUCUGAUUAGUGUUUAAAAAACAAACAACAACGUCCACGACAAUUAAUCAAUUCUUAAUCAAUUGGUAUUCCGCUGUCAUCACAAUACCAAUAAAUUGGAGACUUUAAUUGUUUUGUUAAUAAUUUAAUCAAUUAACAUCGUUUCCAAGUCUCAGACAUAAAUCAUGAAAAACAUAGAAACUCAUUAAACAAAUUUCACUUAAUUGUGAAUCUGCCAAAUGUACAUUUGAACAAAUUCAUCAGACAAUUUAUAUAAGCGCAUCAAUUUGUUUCUCAUCAACAAUUAAUCUUCGUUAUAUUCAUCUAAUUACCUUAUUAUUGAUCAUUUGUUUUCUAUUAAUUUAAAUUAUAUUUAAUUUCUCAUAAUUAAUUCUUCUUCUCUAGUCCCUCUUUCUACUAAUUUAAACCAAAGAUGAAAAGUAAAUAAUGUUUAAUACGAACAAUUUUGUCCGGUUGUCUCUUCCAGCCACAAAAGCCCAUAAACAAUGUUUAACGAUUUUAAUUAUCGUAAUUAGUGGAUCAUCAUCAUCAUCAUCAGAAUAAGAAAAACAAA